AUGCCAGCCGAUGAAAAUGCUGGAUCGUCAAUUUAUCAAAGACAAUUGACAAGUAUUCAACAAAAAUCUGGAUCUAGCUACAAACCUUUUUCUAUUUCUCAACAUGUCACAAAUGAAAAUAACUCUUUAGAAGAUAUAAAUGAUUUUAAUGAUAAUGUUGGACCUUCAAGUAUUUGUAUAGAAACUGAUAUUACGAUACCUAUUGAUGUAGAGGAAACUACUGAAACUAUAACUGGAGAUGCAUUGUCAAUAGCUUGUUUGAAAAAGAUGGUCGAUCAUUACAAAGGACUUGUCAAUCGGACACGAGAAGAAAUUGAUCAGAAAAAAGAAAUAGUUUUAAAUUUAGAAAAUCAAUUAGAAGAAGCUAAGAAUGCGCGGGAUGAAUUUUUCGAUGAAUUACAAAGUUUACUAAAUGACGGGGAGGAGGAUAAUAAUUCUCAUGACAACUAUUUUGUUUUUUUUUUAAAUUUGUUUUUGUGUUCAAAUCACUUUUAUAUCCCUUUAACAAAAAAAAUGAUUAGAAGCAAAGAUAGGAGUGAAUUAAAAGUUACUCAAAACACCAAUCUUAUUGGAGUAAAAGGAUCUAUUAAUAAAAAAGAAAAUAUUUUUAAAAAUUCUAGUUGUGGUUCUUUUAAGACGGGAAAGAUUCAGAAUAUUGUUUCCUUAGCUAAAUCAAGUAGCAUCGAUUGUGGAUUAAAGAAUGACUUGGGUGGUAAGAGUACUUCGUCUACUUCUUGUGGAACACAAACAGGACUAACUAUGACAUCAAUAAAAUAUACAGAAGAAGAAAAAUUGAAAGAUAUGUUUUCAGAAGAUGUGUCUGUAAAUUAUUUGUUAAACCAAGUAAAUUCUCUUGAAAAGAGUUAUAAUUCCUUGCUGGAGGAAAGUUUUCAAUUAGAUAUCACGAUUGACGAACUAAAUGAUUCUAUGGCUGAAGUUAAAAAAGAAAUGGAAGCAGCUGUGGCAAUUUUUAAUGAGGCAAUGUUAGACGAAGAAGAAUCUGAGGCUGAUCAAGAAUAA